AUGCUCUCACAGGGCUUCUCUGAUUGGGACGUGUGUGCAGUCAAGUGCAGUGAUUACUCUGGAAAUCUGAAUACAGACAGACACAUUAUUAAAUCAGACAACAGACGAACAAGCAGGACGCUGUCAGGCUCCAUCCUGGGAUUAGCCCACAGCGAUGUGGUGUCUGACUUCAAUGAUGAGCCCGACUGCAUAAAAUACUUCUACAAAGGGAAAGUGCCACAAUGGGGGUUAGACACUUCUGGUGCUGUCCGAAUCUGCCAGCGUUUCCGGAACCGGUUUCAUUUUGCCACGUUGUAUGACACACACCACCGCAUUGCUGUCUACUCAGCAUACAUUUUUGAGCCCAGCAACGGUGGAGGCAGAGAGAAGCGCUGGUUUGUGGAGCCCCAGUUGGUGAAUCAGAACUGGGCAGGGGAAAUGAGAGACGGCUAUUGGCUAGGACAGGACUAUCCUGGUGUCUACCAGGGUGAGAGACAGGCUCUGAAUGAGGAUUACACUCACUCUGGGUUUGACCGUGGCCACCUCAAUCCCAAUGGUCACCAUGCAGUGCCAAGUCGUAAUGCCACAUUCACCCUCACGAAUGUGGUGCCUCAGAACCCAAAACUGAACCAGAAUUCUUGGGCGAGUCAUGAGUCCAACCUGGCUAAGAUGUUCAGAGCUCAGUGUGACAAGGCCUAUGUGCUGGUUGGUGCCAUUCCCUCUACUGACAACUGGAUCAUCAAGAAUAAUGUAAAACGUGUCAAUAUCCCAGAAUACAUCUGGAACGCAUACUGCUGUAUUGAUCACAAUGGCUCUCCCAUUCGCAGUGGAGCUGCAAUUGCCCUCAACACUGAACAGAACCUCGUUGAGCAGUACACACUGAGUCAAAUGGCUGGCUUUCUCGAGCAAUACUCUAACACACCAGUAAAAGAAUUGUUUGAAAAUCAGUGCCAGUAA